AUGUUCGGCAAGCUUCAUUUCAAAAAGAAGCUAUUUUUCCCUCCAUUCCCUAUCUCAUUCUUCACACAAUGUUUCUCUUUCUCUUCCUACCAACCCCAUCAUCCAUGUAGCUCUAUAAGACUCAAAGCUUCUAUGCCAAUUUAUGAUCAAACCCAUUUUAAAGACCAUGACACUGUUCACUUGUUUUAUUCCAACGCCCUGAAAAUCUCAGCCAAAAAGGGUUAUCUUCCCGAAGGAAAACAGUUACAUGCCCAUUUAAUAAAGUUUGGAUUUUGUCAUGUUCUUUCAUUACAGAAUCAGAUUUUGAGUGUUUAUCUUAAAUGUAAAGAAACUGAAGAUGCAGAGAAGCUGUUUGAUGAAUUGCCUGUGAGAAAUGUUGUGUCGUGGAAUAUUAUGAUUCGCGGUGUUGUUGGAUCACAUGACAAUGAGAGUUACUCGAAUGGUACGCAGCUGUGUUUUUCUUAUUUUAAAAGGAUGCUGUUGGAAAUGGUGGUUCCUGAUUAUAUAACUUUAAAUGGUUUGAUUUGUUUAUGUGCUCAGUUUCAUGAUGCUGAGAUGGGAAUUCAGUUGCACUGUUUUACAGUGAAAGUUGGAUUUGAUUUGGACUGUUUUAUUGGUUGUGCUCUAGUUGAUUUAUAUGCAAAAUGUGGUUUUGUUGAGAAUGCAAGGAGGGUUUUUUGUUUUGUUCCAUUUAGAGAUUUGGUUAUGUGGAAUGUAAUGAUUUCUUGCUAUACUUUCAAUUGUUUACCGGAAGAGGCUUUUAACAUGUUCAAUUUGAUGCGGUUGGAUGUUGCGAACGGGGACGAGUUUACUUUUAGUAGCAUGAUCAGUGUGAUAAGUGACGAUGCUUUGGAAUAUUAUGAUUUUGGAAAACAGAUUCACAGUCUUGUUCUGAGACAUUCGUUUGACUCGGAUGUUUUGGUGGCUAGUGCAUUGAUUAACAUGUAUGCGAAAAAUGAAAACAUAAUCGAUGCACGUAGAGUAUUCAAUGAGAUGCCGAUUCGAAAUGUUGUGGCAUGGAACACCAUGGUUGUUGGGUGUGGAAAUCACGGUGAUGGCAAUGAAGUUAUGAAGCUUCUCAGAGAGAUGCUUCGAGAAGGGUUUCUUCCUGAUGAACUGACUAUUUCCAGUGUUAUUAGUUCAUGUGGCUAUGCUUCUGCCAUUACCGAAACACUGCAAGCACAUGCUUUUGCGGUUAAGUUAUUGUGUCAUGACUUUUUAUCUGUUGUCAAUUCUUUGAUCAGUGCUUACUCCAAGUGUGGUAGCAUUACUAGUGCAUGUAAAUGCUUUGAAUUAACUUCACAGCCUGAUCUAGUUACAUGGACUUCAUUGAUAUAUGCAUAUGCAUUCCACGGGCUAGCCAAAGAAGCUACUGAGAUGUUUGAGAAGAUGCUCUCUCGCGGCAUAAUACCGGAUAAAAUCGCUCUUCUCGGCGUUCUCACUGCAUGUGCUCAUCGCGGGCUUGUGACAAAGGGACUUCACUACUUCAAAUUAAUGACCAAUGUGUAUCAAAUUGGUCCUGAUACAGAACAUUACGCAUGCCUUGUUGACCUUCUAGGAAGAUACGGUCUUAUAAAUGAAGCUUUUGAAUUCUUGAAGUCAAUGCCAAUUCAAGCUGAAUCAGAUACCUUAGGAGCAUUUAUUGGAUCUUGCAAACUACAUUCAAAUAUAGAUUUUGCUAAAUUGGCUGCAGAAAAACUCUUCAUCAUUGAGCCAGAAAAGAGUGUGAACUAUGCAGUAAUGUCGAACAUUUAUGCUGCACAGAAACAUUGGUGUGGUGUGGAAAGAGUUCGAAAAAUGAUGGAAGACAAACAUGAUGCAAAAGUUCCAGGUCGUAGUUGGAUUGAGAUUGGUAAUCAAGUUCAUUCAUUUGUAUCCAACGAUAAAUCACAUCCUAAUUCUAUAGAAAUGUAUGUUACAUUAAACAUGCUGCUUAGUCCGAUGAAGGAGUAA